GGCCCACCAAUUUAUGUAUGUGUCCAUUGCGCAUGCGUGCAGCCAGCUUCUACCCUCCUUUCCACUAGGAGGCGCUGCCCGCUGAGGCUUCUGUUGCUGUCCGUGCUGUAGUACAUGUGACAUUGACAUCAACAGAGGCAGAAUGAGGCUGACCACUGUCCUAUCGAUGGCAGCCAAGGUUGUUGUACCCAAAAAUUACCGCUACGGCACUAGCAGACCGUGGACGGUGGCUGCUAAGAGGCGGAAUCCUCCGGGGAUGAGGAGGAAGAAGGUGUUCGUGGAGCCGAUAGCGGCAGAGGACUGGUCUGUGUUCAGAGGGGACACGGUUGAGAUUCUCGCAGGAAAGGACAAAGGAAAGCAAGGAAAAGUGGUCCAAGUCAUCAGAAACAGAAACUGGGUUAUGCUGGAGGGACUGAACACGCAUUACAGGUAUGUUGGAAAAACUGAGGAUUACCGUGGGACCUACAUUGCCAGCGAGGCUCCACUUUUGCUUCGUGAUGUCACCCUUGUUGACCCCUCAGACAGGAAGCCCACUGAGGUGGAGUGGAGAUACACAGAGGAGGGCGAGAGAGUCCGAGUUUCUCUCAGGACGGGCCGAAUCAUCACGAAACCUGUUGUGGAACGACGAGAUGGCAUCAUACCAGAGCAGUGGAAAGAUGGUCCCAAAGACACCAGUCCAGAAGACGCUCUAGAAAAGACCUAUGUGCCAUCUCUGAAAACCCUGGAGGAGGAAGUCAUGGAGAAAAUGGGUAUUCAGGAGAACAGGAGGCACCGAAGGUCUUACUGGUACUAACCAGAGAAAUCAGAGACACUCAGGCCUCAUUGUGCUAUCCAGUUUUCAUGUGGCCUCAGGAGACACCGUGUUUUUGUGGGAGUCGAGCAGAACCACAUGCUAAAAAGAGACUGUGAGGAUCUGAGGAUGAGGAUGACGUGAGUAAGGCUAAUGGGCUGUGAAAUACUGGUGCAACAUACAUAUGAUUAAGGAAAUGAUGGCUUUGUGAAAAUAUGAGGUGAAACAGACCUGCAACGUAAAGGUCUCCUGAAUAUGUACAGUUUCAGUCAUUCUCUGUCAGAGUUUGUAUUAUGUUUCUUUCUUUGUAAAGGUGAAUAAAUCUCCCAUGUAAACCA